GCGCUCUGGGAGUGCGCGCGGCCCCCGCCCUGGCAGCCGUGGCAGCCGUGGCAGCCGCCUGUCCCGCGUCCGCGUGGCGCCGGCGCUGCCUUUCCAUGGCCAGAAUUGAGGCUGUCGGCGGCGAGCACAUGGGAACCAAAGAGGAAUUUGUUAAAGUCAGAAAGAAGGACCUGGAACGGCUGACAACUGAAGUGAUGCAAAUACGGGAUUUCUUACCCAGAAUACUAAAUGGGGAGGUGCUGGAAAGCUUCCAGAAAUUAAAGAUUGUAGAAAAAAACCUGGAAAGGAAAGAGCAAGAAUUAGAGCAGCUGAAAAUGGAUUGUGAGCACUUUAAAGCCCGCCUGGAAACCAUGCAGGCCGACAGCAUAAGAGAGAAGAAGGAGAAACUGGCUCUUCGACAGCAGUUGAAUGAAGCGAAGCAGCAACUCCUGCAGCAGGCAGAGUAUUGUACAGAAAUGGGAGCAGCAGCCUGUACCCUCUUGUGGGGUGUCUCCAGCAGUGAGGAAGUCGUCAAGGCCAUUUUGGGAGGAGAUAAAGCUUUGAAGUUUUUCAGUAUCACUGGUCAAACAAUGGAGAGUUUUGUGAAGUCACUGGAUGGUGAUGUCAAGGAGCUUAACUCAGAUGAAAACCAGUUUGUUUUUGCUCUGGCUGGAAUUGUAACAAAUGUUGCUGCCAUAGCAUGUGGCCGUGAAUUCUUGGUUAAUUCAAGCCGAGUGCUCUUGGACACCAUAUUGCAGCUUCUGGGAGACUUGAAGCCAGGACAGUGUACCAAACUCAAAGUACUAAUGCUGAUGUCCCUGUACAAUGUGAGCAUCAAUUUGAAAGGCUUGAAAUAUAUCAGUGAGAGUCCAGGAUUCAUCCCUUUGCUGUGGUGGCUUUUGAGCGAUCCAGAUGCAGAGGUGUGCCUUCAUGUACUGAGGCUUGUCCAGUCUGUGGUUCUGGAACCUGAAGUCUUCUCCAAGUCAGCCUCUGAGUUCCGGAGCUCCCUGCCCCUGCAGCGCAUCCUGGCAAUGUCCAAGAGCCGCAAUCCUCGCCUGCAAACCGCAGCCCGAGAGCUCCUGGAAGAUCUCCGCACUCUGGAGCAUAAUGUGUAGGUGUGCUCGGCUACCAGGGUUUUGGUGAAAAUGCUGUCCCUCAUUUGAUAUUCCAAAACCAUCACCAUGUGCCAUUUGUUAGAGAUGGACACGAAUUGAUAUGUAUCCCCCAUAACUUGCCCUGGAAGUGAGAGUACCUGCCGGCGAUUGGUCAAGCUUGCCAAAGGAGAGGCCAUGAACGAACCUAUCCUUCUGGAAAAGUGGCCUGCGUCUGUGCUGGCUGGAAGAGGGCUUGCUCAGAGCAGCUUCUCACUGCUCAGCACGCUAUGACCCAUAAAAAAGCGAAGUUAAAUAACCAUCUGCCCCAUUGGUCAGCAUUUUUUGAAGAUACACUUCCUUGAAGAGCAAUUCAUUCUCUCUCUAGUAAUUGUAAUUAAUCCUCCCAAAAUGCAAGUUUACUUUUGUGACCUUUCGAUGAACCUGCUAUUUUGGAUGACAUUGGACAGUUUAGUUGUAUGUUUUUGUACCUCUUUUAUUUUUGAGUACAAAUAAAAGUCAGAAGAGUUGU